GUGCUGAUUUUUUCACCACAAUUUCGAAGUGUAAUUAGAAAUGUGACGCAUAUUUUUUUUUAAUCAGUAGUGAUAGCAUGUAUUAGCUUCGAUUACCUGGGCUGCAGGAUGGUUUUUGAGCAGACAUCUGUAGCGAACUCUGACGUCAAACAACAAUAGAUGCUGUAUGCUUACAGGCCUAACCAUGAAGAACUGCACAAGAAGGAAACUUAAGUAGUAAAAAUCUAGGAAACAAUAUUCUGUGGUUUGCAGUCUACAAGAAUGAAUUCAUUGCCUGAAACAGUAACAGAAAUAUGGGGUGAUGUAAUUAUAUGGUGGUUUCCAAGGGAUUUCUCACAGUCACGGAUUGGUGACAAAUGCACAGGAAGCAAUGCAUGCACACUAAUAGCUCUCCUGGUAGCUCAUCAGUGUUACAAAGAUAACAUAAAUAUUUCACCAGGUGAACAGCGCCUGAGCUCUCACAUUAUUACCGCUCUGGCAGAAAGCAUAAUGGAAGGAAAUGAAAUACAUAGGCAACUUUUGCAAAAAGGAAAUUUGCAAUAUUUAAAUAUGACUGUACCAGAGGCAAUGGCUGCUGCAAAGAGCAAAAUAAAGUUUAUCACAGAAUGGAGAAGCUAUGUUUAUCUCCUUGACCUUGGAGCAAGUCUUUAUGAACAGAUGAAUGACACAUUGGCAGACUGGUUUAGGAAUCCACCAGCUCGCAAGGGAUCAGAGCUGUUUGUCAUUCUUAUUGCGGAAAAUAGAUCUGUAUUAUUUGUGUUUCAAAAAGACCAGAAUAAGGUGACACUUAUUGACACACAUCAACAUCUGAACCAUGGUGCUGUUAUAGCUCAAGUGGAAACUCCUAAUUUGGAGGCAUUAUGUGCCUGGUAUGCUGUACUGCUAAGAAAAUGCUAUGCAGCACGGCCUGAAUGUUAUGAACUGAGUUUUUUAUAUUUUAAGAGUUAUGAGGCUGGUGAGAUGACAGCUGGCUAGCAGCAAAAAACACUUAAUGCACAUAAAAAUUAUUAGCAUGGAAAUAAAAACUAGUCACAGAAUAAGACUUUACACUUUUUCUCAAACAUAUUAUAAAUGAUGUG